AUGAGAAUGCUACAGAGACAUCUUGCUGGGGAAGAGGCUGUCGAUGUUGGCAUUGAGCAGGCCAACAAGGUGGCUUCAACCUGCAACAAUGAAAGCCAAGAUCCUGUAUCAACAUUGGCGCCCAAACUGGCUGAGAACAAUAAAGAUCUUUUUGAACAGGCCCAAGCUCCAGAGCAGUACCACAAGAAGAAGCUGUUGAAAAAUGCGACCAUCAAGAAGCACACAGUCAUUCCAAAGAUAGCCAAAGCCCGUAAGAGCCCACAGACUUCUCCAAAAAAGUGCAGUGAGUCGCAUUAUGGCCUGGUGAAAAUGGCACAGGCCGAUCAGAAACCGUUUCUUUCUGCGGUCACAACUGAACGGAAGAUUCUGCCAGCACCACCAAAGACACGGCGCGAGGAGUUACUGGAAAAUUUAAUCAAUUACAGUUCUGCAAAUUUUGUUGCCAACGACGAAACUAAGAACAAUUUAAGCCAGAAGAAUUCAGAAGAACUGGAUGUUCGCACGGAACCAACCCAGUUAAGUAAACUUCUUGGCAGCCCCCUGGCUGUCCUUCCAUCUGCAGCUGCACCCAACUCUGCAUUGCCUUCUUCAGUUGCAACAGUAACAACUCAUUGCGAGACCCCAUCGGUUACGACUAUAGCCACUUUGAUCCCUGUAACUAGCAUGAAGACAACAGAUAACAUGCCAAUUCCAGUUACUGUUCUGGCUAAUCCGUUGCCUGCUGUUACUAGUCUUGAGAAUAACCAAUUCUUUAUGGGCAAUUUGCCAGCCCCUCUGCAGGAAAAUGCUGUAGCAGAUCAAAAGCCAGUGCUUUCUCAGAUCCUGCCACUACCAGAAAUAGAACAAAAAACAGAAAGUGAAAGAGGCUUUUGCCCUGUGUUACAGAUCAAAAAGGAAAUUGUGACAUCUGAUGACGAAGGAUAUGGUGGCAAGCAGUCCGAUGGCCUCUCCGGAUUGCGGAUAACUGGGGUGACAGGUGGUGUAACAACUCAUGACACGAUUCCUAUAAAUUCUGAUGCCAUUUGUUCGAAUGCAAUGUCUGUGAGCAGUCAUGAUCCUAUUCUGAAUGCAAACAACCAUCAAGACUGGUCAGUCACUCGAAGACGUCCAUUGAGUGAUACAAAGAAACCCUGUUCAUUUCUAUUCUUUCUUUCUUUCUUGUCUUUUUCUUUCUCUCUCUCCAUCUCUAGUCAUACGUGGAAUCCUUAUGAAUUUCCAUCCCUUUUUUCUUUUUUCUACCUCACUCUGUUUUUCUUUUUCUUUCCGAUUUUCUCUCCUGUCUUUCCAUCUUCUAUAAAUCAAAGGCCCUCUUCUUGGUCUCUUUUUUUUCUUUCUAUUUUGUCUUUACACUCUGUCACGAUCUCUUUUUUCUCAUUUCACCCAAUUUUCUUUUUCGUUUGCUGA